CCGUCCAAUCAAAACCGCCGCCCGGAGAAACGGAAGCCGGAAAGGGACAAUAAGCAAGUUCUCGAGAUAGCGCAGCCUCUCUGUCAGCCCAGGAGAAAUGUGUCCGGCAACAGAGCGCUAGUAGACUUCUGAAGUAAAAAGGCAAGCUGAAGUCUCCACUGAUGUUGGCUGGAUGUAGGAACCUUUUCUCGCCCGCCUUUAGAAGACUUUGUACCAGGAGGAACUUGACCUCUCAGGCUGCUGUCUACACCACUAACAUAUCCACCUCAACAUAUUGUGCUCUGUCAACUCCUGGUCACAGCUUCUUGAAAAGCCAACACGCCUUACUCCCCAUAAACUCAUCCCUCCACUUCUCUUCCACCCACUGCCUCGGUCAUAUUCACAGUCCAGGCCUGAUGGAGCUGAAAGAAGUUCUACAGGUGAUGGAGCAGCUUGCUCCUCUGUCUCUGGCUGAGUCGUGGGACAACGUCGGCCUGCUGGUGGAGCCCAGCAAAUCUCGGCCCAUCAAAACCAUCCUGCUAACCAACGACCUUACAGACUCCGUCAUGGAGGAAGCAGAGGCCAUGAGCUGCGACCUUAUUAUCUCAUAUCACCCUCCGCUGUUUCGGCCAAUCAAGUGUCUGGUUCAGAAGGACUGGAAGCAGCGAUUGGCGAUCCGGGCAGUGGAGGCCGGGAUAGUAAUCUUCUCCCCUCACACGUCGUGGGAUAGUGUGAAAGGAGGAGUGAACGACUGGCUGGUCGGGGGACUUGGUAGCGGUCAGGUGUCUGUGCUGAGUCAGGCUGUCGGUGGCUCCUCCCACAGUCACAAACUGGAAUUUAUGGUCAAGAACACAGAGGAGCUAAACGCUGUUCUGGAGGAACUGAAGGCUUGUGACAGUGGGACAACAAUACAACAUUCAGUCGACAGACCGGACAGCAGUGGGAUCCAUGUCAGUGUGACCUGCAGUGACUCAGCACUGACUCCCAGUGUCCAGACCCUGUUACGACACAACGCUCCCAGCCUGUCCCUCAACAUCCUGAAGUUAGAGAAGCCCCCUCUUCCGGGCCAUGGCCAAGGUCGACUUAGCGUUUUGGACCAGCCUGUAACCUUGGCCACAGCCAUCCAGAAAAUGAAGUCCCACUUGGGUUUGAGUCACCUCCGUUUGGCUCUAGGACAGGGGAAAACGCUUGAGUCCUCUGUGUGUACUGUCGCUGUGUGUGCUGGGUCUGGGGCCUCAGUACUGAAUGGAGUCAAGGCAGACCUCUACAUCACAGGUGAGAUGUCCCACCACGAAGUGCUGGACGCCUCGGCGAAUGGAACCAGUGUCAUCGUCAGUGACCAUAGCAACAGUGAGCGGGGCUUUCUGACCGUGUUCAGAGAGAAGCUGGCUGUGCGUCUCCCUGACAGCGUCACAGUGGCGGUGUCAAAGGCCGACCGAGACCCUCUGGAGGUGGUUUGACCCACUUUGAGCAACAGUUGCACAAGUCAGUCUUGUUGCAUAAAAUUGUUGACUGCACUAAGGGAUGUCUGCUUUAAAUUAAUUUGUGUUACAUGAUUGCUUAAAAAAAAAAGUCCAGUGACUGUAAACCAGCUGCGCUAUCUGUGCAACAUGUUAUGAUGAAUAGGGCGUCUUCGGUUCAUGUUGUACUAUUUAUCAUGUUCUCCUGCCGUCGCUUAAUAAAAAUUGAAUCUGGUUGAUCAAAAAAAU